AUGUCUGAAGAAUUCCCAACCCCUCAACUAAUCGAUGAUUUGGAACAACAUCCACAGCAUGAUAAUGCUCGAGUCGUAAAGGAUUUGCUUGCAGGUACAGCAGGUGGUAUUGCGCAAGUACUAGUGGGUCAGCCCUUUGACACGACAAAGGUUAGGUUGCAAACAUCGAAUACUCCGACAACAGCCAUGGAAGUCGUCAGAAAGCUGCUUGCCAAUGAAGGGCCUCGUGGGUUUUACAAAGGAACUCUGACCCCAUUAAUCGGUGUUGGUGCAUGCGUCUCAUUACAAUUUGGUGUUAAUGAGGCUAUGAAGAGGUUUUUUCAUCAUCGCAACACUAGUGAAUCAUCAACUUUGUCAUUACCACAAUAUUACACAUGUGGUGUCACAGGCGGUAUAGUGAACUCAUUUUUGGCGUCUCCAAUUGAGCAUGUCAGGAUUCGCUUGCAAACACAAACUGGUUCAGGCGCCAGUGCAGAAUUUAAGGGCCCUUUGGAAUGCAUCAAAAAAUUGAGACAUAAUAAAGCAUUACUACGUGGUUUGACACCUACAAUAUUGAGGGAAGGUCAUGGGUGUGGUACGUAUUUCUUAGUAUAUGAAGCAUUAAUUGCUAAUCAAAUGAACAAGAAACGUGGACUAGAAAGAAAGGACAUUCCUGCAUGGAAACUUUGUAUUUUUGGGGCAUUUUCUGGCACUGCCUUGUGGUUGAUGGUAUAUCCAUUAGAUGUCAUUAAAUCUGUCAUGCAAACUGAUAAUUUACAAAAGCCUAAAUAUGGCAACUCUAUUUCAAGUGUAGCCAAGACUUUAUAUGCCAAAGGGGGGAUAGGCGCUUUUUUCAAAGGAUUCGGUCCUACCAUGCUAAGAGCUGCUCCAGCCAAUGGUGCCACUUUUGCUACUUUUGAAUUAGCGAUGAGGUUAUUAGGCUGA